CUCGUUUCCGCUUCCGCCUUUCAUCAUCAGCUAACCUUACCGCGGCUCUAUUUGCUCGCGGCUCCAUUCGUUGUGUCUUAAGCAGCUGGAUGAGAGACUAUGGAGGACCGUGCACAGAUCCAGGAGCACAUUAAGACCCAGGGGGAGCUGGUCCGGAGGCUGAAGGCCGAGAAGGCGAGCAAGGAGCAGAUCGACGAGGAGGUUGCUAAGCUGCUGCAGCUGAAGGCUCAGCUUGGAGAAGAUGGAAAACACCAGUUUGUCCUCAAAACACCAAAGGGAACCCGGGACUACAACCCCAAACAGAUGGCCAUCAGAGAGAAGGUCUUCAACACCAUCAUCAGCUGCUUCAAACGCCACGGAGCAGAAACCAUAGACACGCCAGUUUUUGAGCUGAAGGAGACGCUGACGGGGAAGUACGGAGAAGACUCCAAGCUCAUCUACGACCUGAAGGAUCAGGGGGGGGAGCUGAUGUCCCUCAGAUAUGACCUCACAGUUCCCUUUGCACGAUACCUGGCCAUGAACAAGAUCACAAACAUCAAGCGCUAUCACAUCGCUAAGGUCUAUCGCCGUGACAACCCAGCCAUGACACGCGGCCGCUACAGAGAGUUUUACCAGUGUGACUUUGACAUCGCAGGUCAGUACGACGCCAUGAUCCCAGACGCAGAGUGUCUGAAGAUCGUGCACGAGAUCCUCAGUGAGCUGCAGCUCGGAGAGUUCUGCAUCAAGGUCAACGACAGACGGAUCCUGGACGGGAUGUUUGCUGUGUGUGGAGUUCCAGACGAGAAGUUCCGCACCAUCUGCUCCACGGUGGACAAACUGGAUAAGAUGUCCUGGGAAGACGUGAAGAAGGAGAUGGUGAAUGAGAAGGGCCUCUCGGAGGAAGCUGCAGAUCAAAUCGGGGAGUACGUGAGCAUGCAGGGUGGGAUGGACCUGGCAGAGCGCCUCCUGCAGGACCAGAAGAUGUGUCAGAGUAAGCAGGCCUGCGCGGGUCUGUCGGACAUCAAGCUGCUCUUCAGUUACCUGCAGCUCUUCCAGGUCACAGAUAAGGUGGUGUUCGACCUGAGUUUGGCCCGGGGUCUGGACUAUUACACCGGGAUCAUCUAUGAGGCCGUGCUGACUCAGGCCGGUGUGCCCCCCCCAGCCAACGACUCCCAGAACGGGGCCAGCUCAGAGGAAAGUGUGGGUGUGGGUAGCGUGGCGGGCGGCGGCCGGUACGACGGGCUGGUAGGCAUGUUUGACCCCAAAGGCAGGAAGGUGCCGUGCGUGGGGGUCAGCAUCGGCAUCGAGAGGAUCUUCUCCAUCAUGGAGCAGAAGGCAGAGGCCUCUGCAGAGAAGGUCCGAACCACAGAGGUCCAGGUCAUGGUGGCGUCGGCUCAGAAGAACCUGCUGGAGGAGAGGCUGCGGCUGGUCACGGAGCUGUGGAACGCCGGCAUCAAGGCCGAGGUCAUGUACAAGAAGAACCCAAAGCUGCUGAGCCAGCUGCAGCACUGCGAGGAGGCCGGCGUCCCGCUGGUGGCCAUCCUGGGAGAACAGGAGCUGAAGGACGGAGUGGUCAAACUGCGUGUGGUGUCAACCAGAGAGGAGGUGGACAUCUCCAGAGCCGAUCUCAUCGCUGAGAUCAAGAGGAGGACGUCUGAGGCCUAACUCCUCCCAGCUGUCCAUCUCCAGUCUUGUACAGCACCCCCCUCCCCCGCUGUGGUCCAGGAAGGACUUCAGGCUGUUGCUGCAGUCAAAACAGACACUUACCUGGUUCUGGAGUUUGCUGCACGUGUUCAUUAAAGCUCUCAUGUCCAAAGA